GUAAAAAAUGAAUUACUACAUUUUUACCCUUUUGUAAGUAAUCAAAAGCUCCUAAUGAUCAUUUUGCUUUCCAGGCUUGCAAGAAGACUCAUUGUUGCAUUUUCUUCAUAUGUGAUGCUCAAGCUACCAUCUCCUUCUUCCUUUAUAUCGAUUCUCCAACUCCAUCAUGGUAGCGAAACUCGCGAAAGCGACGCCGAUCCGACGCGGAUUCACGUGCUUCGCCGUUCUCUCCGUCAUCGUCCGCCUCGUUACUGCGGGGUCCACCGACUUCAUCUUCAGCGGGUGUGCAGUGUAUAGACCCCAGCCUGAGUCAGAGGGCCGCAGCGGAGAUUUCUCCGCGACGACCCUCCAAACCCUAUUCGAAACCCUGAAAUCCAGGGCCUCGACAGGGAAUUUCAGCAGGACGAGCCUGGGGCCCGUCUCCGGUCUCUUCCAGUGCAGGGGCGACCUCUGGUCGCCCUCAGACUGCAGAGACUGCGUGGCGGAAGCCACAAAACAAGUCAAGAGGCGGUGCAGAGCCGCCAACCCGCCCGCCGCCAGGAUCCAGCUUCAAGGGUGCUACCUAAGCUACGAGGUCGCCGGCGGGGGGCCCGCGAACCGCGACCCGUCCGGGAUGGUCUACCACCGGUGCGGUCCGGAGAUGCCGUCCGUCAACUCGACCAGGAGCGGGUUCGGGUUCGGGGCGAGCCCGGGCGUGGAGGCGAUCCAUAUGUCGGUGAACCGGAUGGUGAACGGGUUCUUCGCCGGAUACGUCUCCACGGGCAACGGGUCGGUGAUGGUGGCGGCCCAGUGCGAAGGGGACAUGGCCGGCGACAAAUGUAAGGGGUGUGUGAGUUCUGCGGCGGAGAGUUUGAAAAGCAGUUGUGGUUCGGCUUCUGUUUCCGGGGAAAUGUAUUUUGAAAAGUGCUACGUCACCUACAAUCUUAACGGCUACACAGAUGGCUCCCCAUCCUCCUCAGGGGAACCUUUUCUUAAUGUAACAUCCAAGAGUGUGGCAAUUCUCAUUGGGUUCUUGUUUGGCUGCAUUAUGGUAUCAGUGGUCGUAUUAUACUUUAUGUCUUUAUCCAAGAAGGACCCGUUCGUCCAAAAGUAUUAAUUCCAGAGCAGAAGCAAUCUCAACGAGUCAAGGUGGACAAGGAAAAAACAAAGGGAAGAAUUGUGU